AAACUUGAACACUAGCUCCGCUACAACACACUGUGUGUGCACGGGGCGAGUUACUCCAGCCAUCUUGGAGAGAUAAAUCACUGUGCUCACAAUUUGUGUUUAUUUACGCGCCAUUCGCCGCCUGUUCGUGACAAAACCACGUCAAAAGUGCGUCGAACGAUUCGGCAAGUCGGCAGCUACCAUCCGAACCCGCCAACCGAGAAAAGUCGGCUGCCGUCAAAAAUCGGCAGCGAAUUUGAUGGGCGGCGGGUGGGUCGUCGAGAGGAUGACCGACGCUCUCAGUGGGCAGCAGCAGCACCGACUAGCAGAAUGAGGGAUCGCGACAGCAGCAGCGGCGGUGACCCUAGUCAUGCGGGCUGGCUGCGCUGGAUCGUGGAGGCCAUCCACAAGAUACGACAGCAGAAGCAGCGGCCCUCGAUGGAGCGAAUCGCGCACACGGUUAAGCACCAGCAUCCGCGCGCCGACGAGGACUCGGUGGAGGAGCACGUGCUGCGCGCCGUCAAGGACGGCACGCUGGUCAAGGUGGUCAAGAAAGGCGUCGUCUCGUUUGUGCCCCCUGAGGCGGCCGCACUCUCUAACCGCCACGUGACCGUCUCGGUCGACUCUGACCUGACCAAGGAGGUGUGCCGCGCGCUACGCGAGGUCGGGGAAGCGUCUGUUAAGACCAUCGAGGCGCAUUUGCGCGACACCAACAGCGUCUCCGUCGAGGACGACUCCGUCGACCUGACGGCUGUGCUGAAGCAGGCGCUCAAGCGGGCCGUCGCGAAGGGUCUGGUGGUGCAGGAGGGCCGCUUCUACAGGGCCCUCGAGACCAAGAGUCCCGCCGGCACGCCCAGGAAGCGCAGGGCCUCCUCGCCGGAAAAGGAGCCACCCAAGCUGCCAACGCCGACCAACUACUGCAGCGAGUGUCUCGGCACGGACACCAGAAAUAGCAAUGGCCAGCCCGAAGAACUGAGCCAUUGCUACUUGUGCGGAACCUCUGCCCACGCAUCCUGCAUUGUCGGCGAGCAGUCUCUGCAGGCUCGGCUGCAGGGCGUCAAGUGGGCCUGUGCCCAGUGCGACGAGUGCGCGCACUGCGGCCAAGAAUCCCCGGACAAGAAUUGCAUUGUGAAAUGCACUGCGUGUGGCUCUAGCAUACAUCUGGUAUGUGCGAAGCUGGGGAAGAAAAGCAAGGACCCGAUUACGUGUGAUGAUUGCACCAUGCCAACUCCACGCAGAGGAAGACCGCCCAAGAACCAGAGCCCCAGCAGGUCUGAGGCAAAAGAAACGCCUAAGUCGAGUAGCAAGGGCCGCGUGAAGACUCCAAAAGAGAAGGGUGCCACGCCAAAGCGGCAGCAAAGACACAGCAGCAGCUCUGAGGGUAAUGACCUUUCCACUUUAUCUCCACCAGCCACUCCCCUAUGCCAGGAGGAAAAGAGUGUAAAGAUUUCCAAAGAAAAGCAAAAGUUCUUCAGAGCCAGUUAUGCAGCCGAGCACCAGCCCAGCAAUGGCCGGAACAAAGUGCCCCCCCAGAAGUCGACCUCACAGUUGUCCCCUAGCUCGAAACUGUUUUCCGAGUCUCUGAAAGCCACCCCUGAUACCACUAAAGACCUGAGGGACAGCUUCAAAGCCCCAGGAAACGGGCCGAUCAAAAAUUUGUUUGACGGACUGAGUCACAUGUUUUUGGCUCCGUCAUUCACGCGAAGGCGCAGCACUGUGUCCACUUACUCGCUGAGUCAGAGGAAAAAGACGAACUCUUCGGACGCCUCUAGCCCCGAGUCGUCGCCCGCCAGUAAAAGCAAUUCUCCCGCCAGUCCCGAGUUGAAAAGCAGAAAACACAAAACCUCGGAGGCCCAAAAGGAGGUGCGACCCUCAAGGAGGGAAGCCAGCCCUGAAGCGAAGAGGUCUCCCUCACCAGAGAAAAGCAAAGUUGUCACUCUGUCUCCGUCCAAACUGAUAAAGACUGCGGUCAAAAGCAAAAAACUGGAGCAGGAGAGGCGUAAAGAGCUCAAGCGAGACGUUUCUUUCCUGGAAUCCGAGUCGCCAGAGCCUGUAAAAACCAAGAAAAAGAAGAAAAAGCAGGAGCAGUCGGCCGGUGAAUCAGAGAAUGAGAUCGAACACAGGCCUGUGUUGCCCGCUGGCGUCACCCAGAGGGAUGUCGAAAUGUUCAAGAAGUCCCAGGAGAGAGGCAAUGCGGUGAGCUUGGAGGUGGCCCCCUCGGCCGAUAUUCUCCUGUCCACCGUUGGCAACUCUGGCACGCCAACCGCCGUGCCGCGAUGUCCGGCUGCCAUCGAGUUUGGAAAACACGACAUCCAGACCUGGUACUCGUCACCAUAUCCUCAAGAAUACGCUCGGCUGCCGCAACUGUUUUUGUGCGAGUUUUGCCUGAAGUACACGAAGAGCAAAUCUGUCCUAACCAGGCAUCAAGGGAAGUGCCCGUGGAGACAUCCGCCGGGCACUGAAAUAUAUCGUCACAACAGUCUCUCAGUAUUCGAAGUUGAUGGCAAUGUAAAUAAAAUUUACUGCCAGAAUCUCUGCCUGCUAGCCAAGCUGUUUUUGGAUCAUAAGACUCUGUAUUAUGAUGUUGAGCCUUUUCUUUUCUACGUUCUCACAAAGAAUGAUCACAAGGGGUGCCACUUGGUGGGCUAUUUUUCCAAGGAGAAACAUUGUCAACAAAAGUACAACGUGUCGUGCAUUAUGACCAUGCCUCAGUAUCAGCGUCAAGGAUAUGGGCGGUUUCUUAUCCAUUUUAGCUAUCUUUUAUCGAAGCAAGAGGGUCAGCCAGGAACUCCAGAAAAGCCUCUUUCAGACCUGGGCCGUGUCACAUACACAGCCUACUGGAAGUCUGUUGUCCUGGAGCUGCUGUACACCAACUUUAGAAAAGGAGAAAAGCCUUUCUCCUUGAGAUCCAUGAGUAAAGAGACUGGCAUCUGUUGGCAUGAUUUGUCAGCUACCCUCGCCAUGCUGAAUUUCAUCCGAAAAAGACAAGAUGAUGGAAAAUUGGUGCUCUGUAUAAAUUGGCGACUUGUGGAGGACCACUGGCAGAGAGUUUCCCACAGUAAGUCUCGAAUACCACUGGAUCCUGAGUGCCUCAGGUGGACGCCGCUGGUGCCUGCUAACGCUGUGUUCAAAGAUGAUAAGGCCCAGGAGGAGGAUUUGGAAGAAGAAGAGAACUCUCCCUUGAUCCCGAUUGGACCUCCUAUCAUUGUUGAGACUCCAAUGGGAGUCAAGAAGAAGGGCAAGAAAAAGAGGAGAACGCUUGCCGAGAAAAUCGCAGAGGCCAAUGCGGAGAGCAAAGAAAAUUUGCUCAAGAAAUUGGUGAGGAAGAGAAGCAGGGAGGUAGCAAUUGAGCAUGAGGAGGAGGACGAAGAAGUUGAAAAGGCUGAUGAGGAAGAGGAAAAGGAGGAGCCAGUUGCUGAGGAAAAACCAAAGAAAAGGCAGCGUAUUCAACAAAGCCCGGAAAAGUCGACACCUGUGCUUGUUGAGCCUGUGACGCCUGCAGUUAAGGAGGGACCUAGAAAGCGAGGAAGAAAGCCCUCGGUCAUCACACCUGCCGUGGCUGAAAAGCCGCUUCCAAGUCCAGUUCCUGAAACCAAACCGCGGAGAUCAUGCACAAUCAAGGAGAAAGCAGCGCCUAAAAGUGACAGUGAGAGUGAAGAGGAGGAAACUCCAGCCUCUGAUACAAGACCGCGUCGAAAGGUGGUUCUUGCUGUCGAAGAAGCCAAAGCCAAACGGAAGUCGGAGAGGCCUUCCAGAUCUGCUAGGAAAAGUGUUGUCGUUGAGGAACCGGAUGUGGAAGACGACGAUGGCUCACCACAGCUUGAGCCUGAGCUUCCUGUCAAAGACAACAGUGAACCGCCUGACUCUCCUCCAGUAUUGGAAGAAAUUCAGAUCGAUUCACCACUGGUAACACCUCGAAAGAGAGGCAGGCCUAGUAAGAAGCAUGGCAAACACAAGCGGGGUCGCAAGAAGAUGAGAGGUUCCGAUGGAAAGAUUGACAAUGAAGAACUUAAGGCUGUGAAUGUUGAGCCAAAGGAAGAGAAGCUAGAUGUUCCAGUUGAGGAGGAUGAGGAGGGGACUAAGGGAUCGACUCCAACUCUAAUUGAGGAGGAGGAUGAUAAAUGUGAAGAACCUCCAGUUUCACCAAAAGAGAGUUCUGAUGAUCAAGAAGAUAGAGAUGAAGAGAAGAUGCCUGAAUCUCCUGUUGAGAUGGUAGUAGAUAAGGAACAGCCAAUGUCUCCUUCUGUUGAGCAGGAAGUUGUUGAAGUAAAAUCCCCAGAGAAAGGACAAGAGAAGGAUGAGCCUGCGAAAGAAUCACUUAAACCGCCCACGCCAGUGCCGCAAGUGGAAGAAAAAGUUCCUGAGCCUGUAGCUGAAGAACCAAAACAACCUGCAGUGUCUCCAGCAGCCCAAUCAAACAAUCAGAACGGCCCAAUGGAGCCUCAAGCCAUGGAAGUCGCUCCCAUGGAGACCAGAAAUGCAGAUGAAUCUCAGCCAGAGCCACAGCAGCAGCAUCAGCAGCAGUUUUCGCCUGUUAUCGCUCACCAGAGUCCAGCUCCAACUGUCUCUGUUGCUUCCCCGAUGAAUUCUAUGCCGCUGCCCAGCCCUAAGCCGCUGCUCGUGCACCCAGAACCAAGUCCGCAGCAGCCGAGUCCCGCGGCCCAGCCAAGUCCAGUGAUGCAGCAGAGUCCCAUUCCGCAUAGCCCCUCACAGCGACAGGAGCUGCCGAAACAGAGCCCAGUGAUGAUGGAGUCGAGGUCCGUUGAAGCUAUCAAGAGUCCCAGGCCUAGCCCCGUUCAGCAGAACACUGCAAGCCCCCGUCCAGUGACCUAUGAGCAUAUCAGAAGUCCUCAACCCGAUCCGAUGGCUGUGAAGGUUGUCGACAGAACAAGACACGAAGUUGCCAAGGACGAGGUCAAAAAGUUUGCCGAAUUGUUUUUGCAGAUUAAAAGCAAAGAACUGAACUCUCAGAUUCUCGUCGGAACUGAGGAGCGCCCUGAGGACAAACAACAGGAAAUGCCGCAUCUUGGCGCGUUCACUCCGGACUCGACAACAAAUUCUGUCCAUUCAAUUCACGGCUAUGCGGGACCAGCUUGCAGUGAGCUGGACCACCUGAGCCUUGAGUCGCCUGCGUCUGUGUCCUCUAGUGAUCUACCGCCUGCCGUGGCUCCUCCUUCGGUUGAAAUGGGACAACCCAGUCCUCAGCAAAUUCAUCACCACCCACACCACAUGGCCACGAUCCAUCAGCCGCCUCCUCAACAGCAGGUUUACACACACGUCAGUUCGGAGUGCGCGCACAUCCAGCCGCAUAUGAACGCCGCUUCGCACCGGCCUGCCUCGCACCCGCCUGCCUCGCACCCACCCCCAACGACGCAGACGGCCAAGGCGGCGGCAGUGGUACCCCCGCACCCGCACAUGCCGUCAACGCUGCACCACCAACAGCAGAUGAUGCACCACCACGCGCAGGCGGCGGCGGCGGCAGCGGCCGCCGCGCAACAACAGCAGCCGCCCCCGCAGCAGCAAGCGCCGCAGUGGCAGUACCACCCUGCCAUGCAGGCGCAGUACCACCAGGGCCACUUCUCGGCGACGCAGCAGUACGCGGUCAGCAUGCAGCAGCACCGGCAGCAGCCGCAGCAGCGCGCCAACUGCGCUGCCAGCCCCUUCUACCUGCAGCCGGCCAGCCAGCAGGUGACGCAGGCUGCCAACCCCAACUCGUGCAGCCUGGCUAAGCUGCAGCAGCUGACCAACGGGCUUGACAUGGUGCCGCCGUCGCCAACUAUCACCUCCUCCCCUUCGCACACCCCGUCGCCUACACACCACGCCACGCCGCCCCCGCAGGCCAUUCCGCAACCGCAGGUCACCUUGGCCAGCUACCACAAGCCAGCAAUGCAAUAUGGCUUUUCUUUCGACAGAUACUACCAGACGAACCAAGCCGCUCUGUCAGGCAGCCGUAGCACCCCGCGGCCGGCGGUGGUGCAGCGCAACUCGCCCAGCCUGAUGACCCAGUACCCGACCAUGAACGGCUUCCGAAUGGCAGCGGCGCACCAGCAGGCGCCGGCCGUCACCAGCUACAUCACCAACCACAACUUCAUCAACCAAGCGGCGCAGAUUCCGAUGCAAAUGGGCGUGAUGCAGGCGCAGUAUCAGGACCCGGCGGCGGCGGCCGCCGCCCCCCAAACCUCUGUUUACACGUACAGCUACAUCAACGGAGGCCUGAUGCAGCCGCUCAACGGCCCGAUGCGCAGGUAGCAAGACUGAGACUUAGUCACCGGGGUCCUCAUCGUGUGCGCCCCGUGACACAUUUUUUUUCUUUUUCACUGCACCGAAUGAACUCUUAACUGGACUCAACUGGCGUUUGAGCGAUAUUUUAUGUGACAACUCUCCCACGGAUACUUUGAACUCUUUUUGUUUCUUAGAAUCGACUGUGUUUUCUUGUAAGACUCAAUCCUACGCCUGCCAGCACGGGAAAUUCGGUUAUUCUGCACUGAAUCAGUGGUUUUAAAACUUGACUUUUAAAAGAUUUUUGAGUUUUCAUUUGUUAUCUAAAGAUUAUCCAGCCUGAAAUUACUUUGUGAAAUUUACUGAAGCAACGAUGCUAUUGAUUUCUGUUCUCUUUCCAAAAUGAUACAAUUUCUAGGGGUUUCAUAGAGCAAAUAAAAUUUGAUCAGCUGGCUCUUAGCCACAUUUGGUAGUGGCAGUUACCAAAAUCUCAUACAACCCACAGCAUCACAUUAGUUUGAAUAAUCUUUUUUUCCCAGUUUGAUUAGCCAAAGGUGGUUUCAAAACUCAAUAAUAAUCUCAGUCUUCACUGGUCUGGACCACCUAUGGUGUAGAAGUAAUAUUCGCACACGUAGACGGAUUAGAGCAAUUAUUAUUCAUAGAAAAUGCAUAUUUAUCAUACCAUUUUGUAACUUAAAAUACGUGUAAGCAGAAUAUUUUUAUCUUUGUAUGUGCAAAACAGGUACAAAACAACUAAUUGUAACUUGCUGAGUAAGAGAUGUUAUCAAGGUAGACGAAGCAGUUGAGUAAGAGCAAAACAAUCUAUCAAUAGCGGGAAUAUUUUUUAAAAGAACAACAUUCGCAAGGGAACGGCGAGAGAAAAUAGAGUUCUUAAUAAAAAUGAUUAUACAUACUAGAUCGUGAUUUUACAAGGCAGAAUACGCUGAUGUUUAUCAACUAAAAGUGUGAACUAACUAACGUUGAAGAUGUAUUCAUUGGUUCCUGAUAUGAAAAUUCCAAAAUUUUAUAUUUACAUAACAAAGUAUGGCCUGAAUGACUAGAGAAUUAAUGUGUAUACUUCGCGAGAAAACUACUAAACACAAUCUGUUGUCUUUAGUUGCUAUCUCUUCACUACAAUUAUUUAUUCUGUAAAUCGACCUUUGCAUGUUGAACAAGUGUGUGACUGGUGCCUGAGUGGCGAGUGUGUAUGAAAAUAAUGAAUUAUCUAAUAAUACCAGGAGAAGGCUAGCACUACACAGGCCUAUUGUUGCCUUAAUUAGUGGUGAUGUUGAAUAAAUGGACAUUUUUCAUACUCGUCUUUACUUCCUCUUUUUACUGUAGGAGCUGUACAUGUAAUAGCUAAUAAAAGCUGUUGAAUAUGAA